AAAAAAAGCGGCUCAGCCCGUUAGCGAGCAGAAGAAGCAGCCCCUCGACUCCUGCAUCCCCGCCGUCAUCCUUCCUGCAGCACCAUGCGCGAGAUUGUGCACCUGCAAGCCGGCCAGUGCGGCAACCAGAUCGGAGCCAAGUUCUGGGAGGUUAUUAGUGACGAACAUGGGAUUGAUCCAACUGGAACAUAUCAUGGAGACAGCGACCUUCAGCUAGACAGGAUCAGUGUUUACUACAAUGAGGCCACAGGUGGGAAGUAUGUCCCCCGUGCCAUCUUGGUGGAUCUGGAGCCUGGCACAAUGGAUUCAGUUCGUUCUGGACCCUUUGGCCAAAUUUUCAGACCUGACAACUUUGUGUUUGGUCAGAGUGGUGCAGGAAACAACUGGGCCAAAGGUCACUACACAGAAGGAGCAGAGCUGGUGGACUCAGUACUGGAUGUUGUGCGCAAGGAGGCUGAAAGCUGCGAUUGUCUGCAAGGAUUCCAGCUCACCCACUCUCUCGGCGGAGGCACUGGCUCUGGCAUGGGCACCCUGCUCAUCAGCAAAAUCCGUGAAGAGUAUCCCGACCGCAUCAUGAACACCUUCAGCGUGGUGCCCUCACCCAAGGUGUCCGACACCGUGGUGGAGCCCUACAACGCUACACUGUCCGUCCAUCAGCUAGUGGAGAACACUGAUGAGACAUAUUGCAUCGACAAUGAGGCGCUGUAUGACAUCUGUUUCCGCACGCUCAAGCUAACCACACCAACCUACGGAGACCUCAACCAUCUCGUCUCAGCCACCAUGAGUGGCGUCACCACCUGUCUCCGCUUCCCCGGCCAGCUCAAUGCUGAUCUUCGCAAACUAGCCGUCAACAUGGUGCCCUUCCCACGUCUCCACUUCUUCAUGCCUGGUUUUGCACCACUCACCAGCCGAGGCAGCCAGCAGUAUCGCUCACUCUCCGUUCCUGAGCUCACACAGCAAAUGUUUGAUGCCAAGAACAUGAUGGCUGCCUGCGACCCACGUCACGGCCGCUACCUGACCGUAGCCGCAGUUUUCCGUGGACGCAUGUCCAUGAAGGAGGUGGAUGAGCAGAUGCUGAACGUCCAGAACAAGAACAGUAGCUACUUCGUCGAGUGGAUCCCCAACAACGUCAAGACUGCCGUCUGCGACAUUCCACCUCGUGGGCUCAAAAUGGCCGCAACCUUCAUCGGCAACAGCACGGCCAUCCAGGAGCUCUUCAAACGUAUUUCCGAACAAUUCACCGCUAUGUUCCGCCGCAAAGCUUUCCUGCACUGGUACACCGGAGAGGGCAUGGAUGAGAUGGAGUUCACAGAAGCUGAGAGCAACAUGAACGACCUGGUGUCUGAGUAUCAACAGUACCAAGAUGCCACCGCCGAAGAGGGUGAGUUCGAAGAGGAAGGCGAGGAGGAGGUCGCAUAAAUUGCCGCAACCUGCCACAUUGGUGUUCCCUUCACUCCAUCACCCACAUUUUUAUCUUCCUCACCACAGACCAAUGCUCUCCAGAACAAUAAAUGGGUUUUCACAUCCAGAAUUCACUAUUGACUGUGUUUCCCCCAUCCCACCAGUGAUAUUUUGAGGAGUUGUGAACAUUUGGUUUGGUUUUGUGUUUCUAACUAUUGUGAAUGCAUGCCAUCAAAUUUCCCCCUCACAUUCAAGUGAAAUGAAAGUGAUUUUAACUGUGAAGCCAUCAGGUUUGAGAAAGAUGUAACUACUGUCAGUGUUAAUCUGAAUAAAGACCAAUUCUAUAUCUAA